AUGGAUAAUAGUAACCACCGAUUCUCGUUCCUUUCCUUUCUCGUCUUCUUCACCUUUUUCAUUGCUACUACAAAUUCUGCAUCUUCUUCUGCAUCAUGUCCUAUUGAUCUCAGCUAUGUUGAAACCUUUCCAUGGGACACAUCAACCUGCAGAGACCCAAUUGACACAAACCACUGUUGUCAAUCACUUCUCAGUCUCGUUGGUAUAGGUCUUGCAAAACAUCUCAAAGAAACUCAACUCUUUCAAUUCCCAAAUGAAAACAUUUCCUCAGCAUGUUUACAAGAUUUCAAACUCAAACUUUCAUCCUUAAAAAUCCAACCUUUGUUAGUAUCUAGUUGUUUUCCAAACUCAACUCAGUUUGUCACCAACACCUCAAGCUGUGCAGGUAUCUCAAACAUCACAGACUGGAAACAAAAAGUUGGUGUGAUGAGUCCUUUAGAUACUUCUUGUAAUAGUAAUAUGAAAUCUGAAGCCACUUGUAGCAUGUGUACUGAUGCUGGUUUUAAAGUAACUACUCAGCUUGCAGAUAUUAAUCCAAAAAAUUCAUCCAAGUGUUUUUACUUUUCAAUUUUAUAUGCUAUUGGUAUUGUGAAUCAGUUUGGUCCUACAGAUCCUGCUGCAGCUGCUUGUAUACUUGGUAUGCCACUUUCAUCAAAAGGGUCAUCAGAAUCAAACAAUGGAAAAAUUCUGAAACUUGUUUUUGGUUUAUUAGGUGCUAUUGUUGGUGUUGUUCUUGCUUUUGUGUUGAUUAUUAUGUAUAAAAAAUGGGAUAAGAUGAGAAGGGAAAAUCUUUAUCACAGGUCAGUUGAAAACAGUGUUAGAGACAGUGUUUUGCCUAAUACAGGAGCUAAAUGGUUUCACAUAUCAGAACUUGAAAAGGCUACAAACAAGUUUUCAUUGAAGAAUAAGAUUGGUCAAGGUGGUGAUGGUGUUGUGUACAAAGGAACACUUUCUGAUGGAACUUUGGUUGCUGUGAAAGAAAUUUUUGAUUUGGAAACUAGAGGAGAUGAAGAGUUUUGCUAUGAAGUUGAGAUUAUAAGCAAAAUCAAGCAUAGGUACCUUCUUGCUUUGAGAGGUUGUUGUGUUACAAGUCAUAGUGUAAGAGGUAAAAGAAGGUUUUUGGUUUAUGAUUAUAUGCCGAAUGGAAGUUUAAGCUAUCAGCUAUCAGUUAACGGUGCUAAUAAGCUAACUUGGCCUCAAAGGAAGAAUAUUAUACUUGAUGUAGCUAAAGGGUUGGCCUAUUUGCAUUACGAAAUCAAGCCGCCGAUUUUUCAUCGCGAUAUUAAGGCGACGAAUAUACUUCUGGACUCGAAAAUGAAAGCGAAGGUGGCUGAUUUCGGAUUGGCGAAACAAGGUAAUGAAGGACAGUCUCAUCUAACAACAAGAGUGGCAGGAACAUAUGGUUAUUUAGCACCUGAGUAUGCUUUAUAUGGCCAACUAACAGAAAAAAGUGAUGUUUAUAGUUUUGGCAUAGUGAUACUUGAGGUAAUGAGUGGUAGAAAAGUGCUUGAUACAAUGAAUUCACCUGUUGUAUUGAUAACUGAUUGGGCUUGGUCACUUGCAAAAUCAGGAAAAGUUGAUGAGAUAUUUGAUGAAUCAAUUAGAGAUCAAGGACCAGAGAAAAUCAUGGAAAGGUUUGUCCUUGUUGGAAUUCUUUGUGCUCAUGCAAUGGUUGCAUUGAGGCCUACUAUUGCUGAGGCACUUAAGAUGUUAGAAGGUGAUAUUGAUAUUCCUAAUUUGCCUGAUAGGCCUGUGCCACUUGGCCAUGAAUCUUUUCAGUCUUCUCUUUUGAAUGGCAUGCAACAAAGUGGAAGAUCAACACCUUUUACUUCAUUUUAUUCUUCAAGUUUGAGUACUAUUAGUAGAAAUUAA